AUGUCCCUCCACAUGUGGAUCUGGAUAUGGAUCCUCAUCCUGACUCUCACACUCAUGCCGCUCGCCUACCACAUCUUGAUCAAUUGUCUUACCAUCCGCCUCGUCAACGGUUGCGCCGAAGAGAUCUUGGAGGAUAAGGCCAUGAUCUUAGGAUGGCCCGCUGAAUCACUACAAACGGUCAUGGGUGGCUGUCAAGCCAGCGCUCGGCGCAGCCUGCAAGAGAUCUCGAUCCGUUUCGGUGCGGGAGUCCACGAGCUCAUUCCUUCUCUCUGUCGGGAGAUCCGAGACUGUCUGGAUCGAGAGGUGGACAAGGAGCUGGAACUCCUGCGAAGAUCUUCGGGGGCGGCUGAGCUGAGCACUCCGCCAAUGUCACAGUUAUCGUGUGGUGUGUGUCCACCGUUGUGUGAUUGGCCGGCUGCGGAAAUGGAGGUUUGCCAGCUGGUACCAAACACCACUAAUGCAACAUCUUGGGUGGAAGAGCCGCCUGUACGCGCAAUCAUCAUGACAUACAACGUUCUGCCCGAUGGUGGCCUCGUUAUACAGCACACACAAGUCUUCAGGCCAGCGGACAUUGACUUGCAACAGUCUUCAUCCUCCAGUUAUAUCCGCACGAUUCCCGAACUCAUCGAGUACAACGCAAAGAUCAACCCGAGUGCUCUUUACUGUGUGCAAGCACUGAAGCCACGUGAUGGAGAAACAACAAAGGCUGAGCAGGUCACCAUGCUUCAGCUCCGCCGUGCGGUAUGGCAGUGCUCCGAUGAUCUGCGAGGAUGCUUUACCGGCCUCGACGAUUCGAAUGUGAGCAGCAGUGAUCAGGCUCAUGUUAAGCCCGACCCGGUGGCCUUGGUUAUGGACAGUGACAUCAGCCUGUUGAUCCACCUGUUCUCUCUUCUAUCUAUGGGUGUUCCAGCGAUUCUGCUUUCUGCUCGACUCAAUCCCGCGUCUAUCCAGCAUCUACUCACAACUCUCAAGGCGCAAGCUGUCAUUACGUCUCCUCGACAUGUGGACACUGUGAAGGCAGCCUUCGAGACAACAAGUCUCGAGUAUGGUCGGGGUGGCACCAAAAUACAAGUGGCAAGGGCUUUCGAGGACUACUUGUCAGACUCGAAGGAAGGCAAAGCUGACGCAGCUGACGCCAAGAUAUUCUGGCCGCAACACUUUGUCGGCGAUUCGGACCGCAACGUGAUCAUCCUUCACACAUCUGGGACUACUGGUCUUCCCAAGCCUGUGUACCAGUCACACAAAAUGUUGCUUGGAUAUGCAUGCUGCCAUCGCCGCACCGAAAUGGAAGAUGUUGAGGGGCUGAAUUUGUCCAUGCUUCCCCUAUACCACGGAUUCGGCUUAGUCGUUGCUUGUCUGGCACUCGGAAUCGGAAAGCCCAUCCUCCUGCCGCCACCCCAUGAAAUCUCAACAGCGUGUUCUACAGUGGCACUCCUACGAAAACAUAAAGCCAAAUCUUUCACAACAGUUCCUUAUAUUCUGGAGGAGAUUUCAAAGCUCCCUGAUGAUGAUGGAAUCGCACCUCUCAAGGCCUUGCAGUAUGUGGCCUGUGGUGGAGGCCCACUUAGUGUUGCUACCGGAGACCAAUUGGUUGAGAAAGGUGUCAAGCUUCUCAAUCACUUCGGAUCAACCGAAACCGGUCCACUCGGCCCUUUCAUGGUCCCAGGGAAAGGAUAUGACUGGCACUAUUGGCCACUGAGGAACGACGUACACGUCAAUGUUGAGCCAAGUGGUAUUGACGAGGCCAGUGGACAGCAAUAUUAUCAGCUUUCUGUAACGCCAUUCGGAUGGACCGAGCCAUUUGUCCUCCAGGAUCGUUUCUUGAGUGAUACUAAAUCAUCAACCCCUGCAUUCCGGGCCAUCGGCCGGCAAGAUGACCUGCUUGUCUUAGUCAAUGGAAUGAAAGUACAACCAAAGGCACUGGAAUCUAUCGUGUCUGAUAGCAACCUUGUAAAAGCUGCUCUGGCCUUUGGUGAAGGAGAAUUCGAGAUUGGCUUGCUGCUUGAGCCUUCACAGCCAGUCGAAGACAUGCAAAAGUUCAAGACAGCAAUAUGGCCACUCGUCCAGAAGGCAUGUCGGCAAAUGGACAGCCACGCCCAAAUAUCAUCCCUGGCGCACCUUGUGGUCCUGGGCCCUGGAGAAAGCCUUCCAAGGUCUGACAAGGGCUCAGUGUUACGCAAAGAAGCAUAUCAGCAAUAUGAAAGGAGAAUUCGCCGGGUGUACAGCAACGAAGAUUCUGAAAGAAGCGUUCAAACGGUCUCGGAGCCUGAAAACGGCCGUCUCGAAGACACAUUAGGGGCGAUGAUCAGGGGCGAGAUGCAACUUUCUCAGCCUUUGGAACCUGAUGAUGACUUCUUCGAAUUGGGAGUCAACUCGCUUCAGGUGGUCCGCAUUCAGAGAGGAAUUAUCGCUAUCGUGAAAGGGAGCCAUGGUCUCUUGCCCAAAGGAAAAAUCACAGCCGACUUGGUGUACAAACACCCCACCAUAAACAAGCUCUGCCAGAUCCUGAGGGGACAAACAUUAUCCAAUAUCAAUGGAGAGGAGACACUGAUCGACGAAUACGUCUCACGCUUUAGUUUAUCGCAAGAGCAAAACGGACUGACUAUACUGCUCACAGGAAGUACCGGCAGUCUUGGCUCGUAUCUUCUCUCACAUCUGGCAACUCUGCCGCAGGUGACAGAAGUUGUCUGCUUUGCCCGCAGCUCUAGAAGCUAUGAUGAUGUACCCACUUCGUUGGUUGAGCAGCACAUUGAGGCUGCGGAACAGAAGGGCGCCACGAUACCGUCGAACCUGCGGACCAAGGUGGCCGUUGUCCAAGGAAAUCCAACUGCGGCUCGGUUCGGCUUGACCUCCGACGCCUAUGAGGGAUUAUGCAGCAAGAUCACCCACAUCUUGCACGCAGCUUGGCCAGUCGAUUUUCAGCGGCCACUUGAGUCCUUCGAAAGCCAGUUUGGCUUCCUGCAAGGACUCCUGCAGCUGGCACGAGAUGUCCGUACCAAGAGGCCUCUGCUGAAACCACGACUGCUCUUUGUCUCAUCGAUUGCAGUUGUAGGCAAAUAUCCCGUCAUCUACGGCAGUCACACUGUACCAGAAGAGGUCAUCACGGAUCCACGAUGUACUAGUCUCGGCUACGGCAAGGCAAAACUGGUAUGCGAGCGCAUCCUUGCGAAAGCCGCCGAUGACUGGCCCUCAGAGAUGGAGGUGAGUUUUGUCAGGGCGGGCCAGCUGUCUGGGGCUGAGGGCAGUGGGUAUUGGAACGCGAAGGAGCAUUUGCCUGCCUUGAUCAAGAUAUCGCAUGAGUCCCGGGUGUUUCCGCGGCUUGAUGGGACACUGUCGUGGCUGCCGAUCGAUGUCGCCGCGAGGUCGAUGGUUGAACUGCUCUUCUCAUCGGGUCCCAUGAAACUGGCUUAUCACAUGGAAAACCCUAUUCGACAAGAUUGGAUGGCUGUGAUGAGCGAGAUCGCAAAGGAGCUGGGGCAUAAGCCGCUUGGAGGGAAGUUGGACUGCUUCUUCCCCAACAUGUCACUUACUGCAAUUCACUGGAGGUUCGGAGUCGAGUAUGCGACUUCGCAACCGUACACCUGCUGUAUCGCAUAG